UGAGACCGGAGAGGGCUGUCUACGACUCUGAUGUUUACACCAGUAUUACCAUGACAGUCCUUAAUUUGAUGACAAACUAAGUUAGUACAACGUUAAAGUACAUCCAUCGGGUGCAAAAAUGGAGUAGAAAAUCCAAGAUCUCAACCCAAAGAAAUAUGAAUGAUUACCUCAGAGGACAGUGAUCUACAUACAGAGCUCAUCUAAUUAUUAAAAAUGUCAGGUGGGAACCUAUUGAGCAGGGUACGGUCCGCCUUCAGGAGGGAGCGGAGCGACUGGGACCUGAGCGACACAGCGCCCUUUGACUUCUCCGAUGAGCUGGUGGAGGAUGAGACGCCCAAAUUCAACAAGCUGAAGGUGGUGGUCUCCGGGGAGAUGUCAGACUACUCUGCCGGAGCUCCGUCCAACGGAGUGGCUGUGAACACGCUGGUGGUGGCGGAUGAUGAUGACUCCCUGCUGGACUCCUCUUCCAGCCUGGGCAGCCCGGGGUUAAACAUGGACCCCUGUGACAACUGCACAAAGAAGAGGGAGAUGAUCAAACACAAGAGAGUGAUGAAGAGGCUUGUCAUUGCAGCUUUGCUUUAUUUCCUUUUCAUGACAGGUGAAAUCAUAGGUGGUUACGUGUCAAACAGCUUAGCCAUAAUGACUGACGCUGUGCACAUGCUAACAGACGUGGUAGGCAUUUUAUUUUCUCUGCUGGCCCUCUGGCUCUCCACCAAGCCACCCACCAGGAGGUUCACGUUCGGACUGCAUCGCCUCGAGGUGGUAUCGGCAGUCCUCAGUGUGGUGCUCAUCUACAUCCUGACGGCCAUCCUGCUCUACGAGGCGGUGCAGAGGACGGUCCACCAAGACUUUGACAUAGACGGAGACGUCAUGCUCAUCACUGCAGCUGUCGGAGUGGCUGUCAACCUCAUAAUGGGUUUCUUGUUAAACCAAGGUGGUCACCUUCACUCUCAUGGCCAUGGUCACUCUCAUGGCCACGGUCACUCUCACAGCUCGAGUUCACAGCCGGCUGGUUCAGGUCAGCCGCAGAGGCAGCACGGCAGUCUGGCUGUAAGAGCUGCUUUCAUCCACGCUCUGGGAGACCUCGUCCAGAGUAUCGGGGUGCUUAUAGCUGCCUACAUCGUCCGCUUUAAGCCGGAGUUUAAGUUGGCGGAUCCUAUCUGUACCUACAUCUUCUCUGUUCUGGUUCUCUUCACCACAUUCCGCAUCGUACGAGACACAACCGUCAUUGUGCUGGAGGGUGUUCCCAGACAUUUAGACACUCAACGAAUCAAAGAGGACCUUCUGAAGCUGGAGGACGUCCAAUCGGUCGAUGAGCUGAAUGUAUGGGCGCUGACAGCUGACAAGACGGCAGCCAUAGUGCAUCUCCAACUCACGCCCUCUAGUGCCAGCAACUGGGAGGACGUCCAGGCGAAAGCCCGCCACUUGAUGCUUCACACCUACGGUCUCAGCAGGUGCACAGUGCAGGUGCAGACACACAGGCUGAGGCCGGUACACAGUUGUUCACACUGCCAGCAGCCCAGCGCCUAAAAAGAGAGACUCGUGCUUACUUUGACUUCCACAGUGCAUUUCAUGGAGCCAGGAGAGUUCAGCGGAGGGGCCUGGAUGUCACAGCGCUGUCACAACUCAGUGCCAUAGCAGGAGACAUAGUAUGUAAGUAAAAGAAGACUGGUGCCAAAGGACAGUCAAUGAACCACACGUUUCUAAUUAGAGGAUCAAUACAGCAUCCAGGGACCUUAUGCACUUACGCUCACAAAGCUUUCGGGGUGGAGUUUGAAUGCUUGAAGUCUCAGAUGAGAAGAAUGCUCUUAAUUCACCAUUGCAGCCUAUUCCAACUGUUAACUUUUUUUUUUUUUGUAUUUUGAUGUUUGAUUUAUCACACCUGAUGUUUUGUCGUCAGAUGUAAAUUUAUGUUACCGGGUGUGAGGACUGUAAACUAAGAUUGUAUUAUUUUAUUGAGGAUGUCAGCAAAUGAAAAGUUACCUCAUGUCAUUGGAUAAUAACUGUGGUCGCAGUGCAUAUAAGCUGUCCGCCUCACCACCGGCGCAUAGAGAGGCGAAAAAACCCUUUAUCAUUGUGUCACUUUAGCAGACAGGACAUCUCAUCAAAUGCACUCAAUUAUUAAUAUUCUUUAGCCAAAGUCUGUUUAACACAGAUUUUUUGAAUGCAUUAGGUAUUCUUAAAACAGUCUGUACUGACCAAUACUUCAAAUGUCAACACUUAACAUUUUAGCAUGUCUCUUAAUUUAUGGGAAGCACGCAACUGACAAUCACAGUGUGACUGACUUUGGAAAAGGAUAAAUGCUACAGUGGUGGGACCGAUGUCAGUACGGCUCCAGCUUCACACUCUAUGCUCAGCUUUAUUUCAUAUCAUUAACUGACAGUAUAACAAUGCGGGCAGGUAUUUGGAGUCAUCAGUAUUUCAGAGUUGCAGUGUUUUCAGGGAGGGAGGUGUGAGUUGAAAUUUGCCAAUAAAGGUGUUAAUAGUGUUUUCCCUAAGAGGCUGUGAAGAGGGUUUGUGGUAAACAUUUUCAUGUUUCUGGUAUUAAUCAUAAAGAGAAAUCAGGAAUUGGAUCACUGUUUUUGUUUAUAAUUAAGUAUUUAAUCUCUCAGUAUUUUGUUUUCCUGAUAAUUUCACAAAAUCUACAAGGAGAUACCAUAGGCCAAAACAUUUUUUUCAUGCACUUUUGAUAUUUUGGGCUAUUCUGCUACCGUACAUUGGUGUAGAUUUCCAGGGGGAUGCAGGGGAAACGUCCCCCUCAAUAUUUAGUAUGCAUUUGUCUCCCCCAAUAAAAACAUAAAAGUAGCAGAUGACUUUUAUCUGACAAAAUCAAAGAUAUUUACACCUUCAGUUGAUGCAGGAAAUUGACAAAUUGGUGCUCCAGAAUGCAGACAAUUAAGUAUUUGAUGUGCUUUCCCCCCAAUGUUGAAAUAAAACCUACACACUUGCUUCCA